AUGGCCUCCUCGCCGUGGGACUACAUAGCCAAGCUCGUCUGCAUAGGCGACUCCGGCUGCGGCAAAUCCAGCCUAACAAUCCGCCUCUGCGAAGGCCGCUUCUCCCCCCAUCACGACGUCACCAUCGGCGUAGAAUUCGGCUCCCGCAUCGUCCCCGUCGGGCCACCGCACACGAAACCCUCAACCUUCCUCCCCGCCACGUCCACCUCCCCCCAAGCUACCCCCUCGACAGACGGCCUGCCCGAGCCCCCGCGGGACACUAGCAAAACCCCCCAGAAACACAUGAAGCUCUCGCUCUGGGACACAGCCGGCCAAGAGACCUACAAGUCCGUCACCCGCUCCUACUUCCGCGGCGCGAGCGGCGCCCUCCUCGUCUUCGAUCUCUCCCGCAAGCAGACCUUUCAGCAUGUGACGGACUGGCUCAACGACCUGCGGCAGAUUGCGGAGCCGGAUAUCGUGGUUGUGUUGGUGGGCAAUAAAGCUGAUUUGACGCAGCAGGAGGAGAAUAAGCGGGAGGUGACGAGGGACGAGGCGGAGGAGUGGGCGAGGCGGAACGGCGUGCUCGAGUAUGUGGAGACGAGUGCAAAGAGCGGCGAGAAUGUUGAGCAGGCGUUUAUGAGGGUUGCGGAGAGGAUAUUUCAGAAUAUACAGGCUGGUAAGUACGAUUUGAAUGAUAGGAGAUCUGGGGUGAAGGGUCCGAGUGCUGGGGGGAGUCGUCAGGUCAAAUUGGGCGGGGAUGGGGGGAAGUCUGCUGCUGGUGGGUGUUGCUAA